AUGGGCCCCACCCAGGCCAUCUACAACUCGAGAGCUCCAGUUGAGCUUCGCUUUCCUAGCCUCGAUCCUGGUCGCCGUGUGCGUAUUGUCCUUAUACCUCUACCGGGCUGCAGUCGAUUUGUCGUGAAUCUCCGCACAUACAACGAUAUCGCUUAUCACUUCAACCCACGAUUCGAUGAAAACUGUGUCGUUAGCAACUCGACCCAGGGAGGAAACUGGAUGAAUGAGGAGCGCGCCAACAUGCCUUUCCACCCCGACAGAGUGUACACGCUGGAAUUUGUACCUAAUUACGGCCAGAUUCAGGUUCUUCUUAACGGUUCACCUUUCACAACGUUCAAUGAGCGUCUUCCUAGCAGAGAUAUUAAUCUGGUUGAGAUUGACGGUGACAUUCAUGUUCAUUCUGCUCACUAUCUUUGAGGAAUGUGCACUUUAACGAUUACCAUGAUUUUUUCUGUACUGAAUAAAAAGUGGCAUACCAA